UCGGCAGUUUUCUCUUAGCUGACAUCGGGUGCGGUGGUGUCGCAGUCGUUCGCGUUUUACCGCUAAUUCUAUCCCGAGUUUCCAGCGUCGAUCAACGUGCUCGUCGUUCACAAUGUUACCGGUAAAGCCAGGCAGUCCGCAGCCCGAUGGGAGUUGUAUGGACAAGAAACCCAUCGCGGGCAUACCUCGUGUAGCAGUGACCACCAAGUUUAAUGCUCCCGUGCAUAUAGACGUCGGUGGGACUAUAUACACGUCAUCUUUGGAGACGUUGACCACGUAUCCUGAGUCCCGUCUAGGCAAAAUGUUCAAUGGCACUAUUCCAAUAGUGCUCGACACGCUCAAACAGCACUACUUCAUUGAUCGAGACGGCGGAAUGUUCCGUCAUAUUCUCAACUUCCUUCGCAACAAGAAACUGCUUUUGCCCAAUGAUUUUCCGUACUUGGAUCUGCUGCUUCAUGAGGCUCAUUACUUUGAACUGGAUCAUAUGGUGUUCGCUGUAUCAAAGCUGAAAAACGUUCGUGAGGGCCGCAGCGAGCCAGAGUGGCACCACGCGUCGGAGAGACUCAAGAAGGAGACUGAAUUCCUUUUUCAGGAGAGGGAUCGGCUGCAGCAGCGGUGGUCUUGAAACGAGGCCUGCCAGUCCGACGAACGUAAACGACGCCGAAAGACCUAAGAUGGUGGUUAUCAAAAAUAUGCACUGAAUAUUUGUUCGUAGAUCGCAAUUGCUGAAUGUUUUUGUUACUGCUUUCUAAUUGAUGUAAUAUUGAGAAUUAUGUUUCGCUCUUGCUAAUUGUUAUUUAAAUCAGAUCUUGUAUACAAUCAUAGACUAUGCGGAAUAAAUGUGUUAGUGGCAUCAUGAUAUUAGAGAUAACACUAUUAUAAGUGUUGCGUUUAUACAGAAGCUAUUUAAUUUAUAUUUUCAACCAAGUAAUCACUAAACUCCACGGAAAAUAAAUAAAAUACCGCUAAUAUACUAAGUUUGAAAGUUAAAAUAGAUUCCUUUUGAAAGCGCUAAGAAAAUAUAAAAACUAGGCCAAAAAAUAAUACUGAAUGUAUGUAUGUAGUAAUGAGUUAUUUGAAGGGUAUCAUGUACACACGUUAUUUAUUACGAACUUAAAGUAUAGUCUGAGUUUAAAACUUGUUAAUUUACAAAAAUAUGUUGCUUGUUUAUUUUGGAUUUUAGAAUGUGUUGUUUCACUUAAAAUAUAUUCGAUAGGUGCCGUAAUGUAGUUAUUAUCUGUGUAGAGAAUCUUAAAUUGUAUUGUAUAUGCUUGACUUUAUUGCAUUUAAGUUAGACCCAAUUGAUUUGGUAUUGAUAUUGUUCUAACUGCACCUUUUAAUCAGACUUAACGCCUUAGUAUGCCGUAACAAACUGCAAGAAAACAAAAUAUACCCAUCAAUUUGUUUCAUGGCAGUCAAUAAUGACUUCAAAACAUUUUAUUUCGAUUUAAACGAAUAGAAAAAAUCAACAUAUUAAUUGAGGCCAUAUUUAGGAGCUCAGUAUUAAUCUUCUUACUUUCGUCACCAACUUAUGUUCUUUUGUGAAUGUAAUAGUACAUUAUGUAAGUUUUCAAGUUCCUUAUCAAUAAAGUAAGUUGAGUUAAAUAAAAAUAAUUCUGAUUUAAAAUAGAUAAAAUUAAAUACCACCUUAUUCAUAGACG